CUCCACUGCAUAAUUACGCACGCUCGACUUCCCGUCUCUAUUUCUCUCUCCACCCUUCUCUCCGCCGCUCUUGUUCCGCUCAUCUUCUCUUCUUCCCCUUGGCCUCUCAUGGCCGAGAAGGCGGUGGACAUGGACGCCGUCCUCAAGGAGGCUGUGGACCUGGAAAACAUACCUUUGGAGGAGGUGUUUGAUAACUUGCGAUGCGGCCCUGGAGGCCUCACCUCCGAGCAGGCCCUUCAGCGCCUCGAAAUCUUCGGCCCCAACAAGCUCGAGGAGAAGCAGGAGAGCAAGUUUCUCAAGUUCUUGGGGUUCAUGUGGAACCCGCUUUCCUGGGUUAUGGAGGCCGCCGCCAUCAUGGCCAUCGCCCUUGCCAACGGAGGGGGAAAGCCUCCAGAUUGGCAGGACUUUGUUGGGAUUAUCACUCUUCUUAUCAUCAACUCCACCAUCAGCUUCAUCGAAGAGAACAACGCCGGCAACGCAGCUGCCGCCCUCAUGGCUCGCCUCGCUCCCAAGGCCAAGGUGUUGAGGGAUGGCAAAUGGAACGAGGAAGAUGCAGCAGUCCUUGUCCCAGGAGACAUCAUAAGCAUUAAGCUUGGGGAUAUUGUUCCUGCUGAUGCCCGCCUCCUUGAAGGGGACCCUUUGAAAAUUGAUCAGAGUGCCUUGACUGGAGAAUCAUUGCCAGUCACGAAAGGCCCUGGUGAUGGAGUUUAUUCUGGAUCUACUUGUAAGCAGGGUGAGAUUGAGGCUGUUGUUAUUGCCACUGGUGUGCAUACAUUCUUUGGAAAGGCUGCCCACCUUGUAGAUUCAACAAAUCAAGUUGGUCACUUCCAAAAGGUGUUGACUGCAAUUGGAAACUUCUGUAUUUGUUCAAUUGCGGUGGGAAUGUGUGUUGAGAUCAUUGUUAUGUAUCCGAUCCAGCAUCGUGCUUAUCGGCCUGGAAUUGACAAUCUUCUGGUUCUUCUCAUUGGAGGGAUUCCCAUAGCUAUGCCUACUGUUCUGUCAGUCACAAUGGCAAUUGGCUCUCACCGGUUAUCUCAGCAGGGGGCUAUUACAAAGAGAAUGACUGCUAUUGAAGAAAUGGCAGGUAUGGAUGUGCUUUGUAGUGAUAAGACUGGGACUCUGACACUAAACAAGCUGACAGUUGACAAGAACCUUAUUGAGGUUUUCUCAAGAGAUGUAAACCAGGACACUGUGAUUUUAAUGGCUGCUAGAGCCUCUAGAACGGAAAAUCAAGAUGCUAUAGACACUGCUAUAGUUGGGAUGCUUGCUGACCCAAAGGAGGCCCGAGCUGGUAUUCAAGAAGUGCACUUUCUGCCAUUUAAUCCAACAGACAAGAGGACUGCUUUAACCUACAUUGAUGGCGAAGGGAAAAUGCAUCGGGUCAGCAAAGGUGCACCAGAGCAGAUUCUAAAUCUUUCACAUAACAAGUUGGAGAUAGAGCGCCGUGUUCAUGCAGUUAUCGACAAAUUUGCAGACCGUGGGCUUCGGUCACUGGCAGUAGCAUAUCAGGAAGUUCCAGAGGGACGGAAAGAGAGUCCAGGAAGUCCUUGGCACUUCAUUGGUCUUCUGCCACUGUUUGAUCCCCCCAGACAUGAUAGUGCAGAGACAAUUAGGAGGGCACUAAAUCUUGGUGUCAAUGUCAAAAUGAUCACAGGUGAUCAGCUGGCAAUUGGAAAGGAGACAGGCCGGCGCUUAGGUAUGGGUACAAACAUGUACCCUUCAUCUGCCUUGUUGGGGCAGAACAAAGAUGAAUCUAUUGCUGCUUUGCCAGUUGAUGAAUUAAUAGAGAAAGCUGAUGGCUUUGCUGGUGUCUUUCCAGAGCACAAGUAUGAGAUUGUUAAACGUUUGCAAGCAAGGAAACAUAUUUGUGGUAUGACUGGUGAUGGAGUGAAUGACGCUCCUGCCCUCAAGAAGGCUGAUAUUGGAAUAGCGGUUGCGGAUGCAACUGAUGCAGCGCGUAGUGCUUCAGAUAUUGUGCUUACUGAACCUGGCCUGAGUGUGAUUAUCAGUGCUGUCCUUACGAGUCGAGCAAUAUUCCAGAGGAUGAAGAACUAUACAAUAUAUGCAGUCUCCAUUACAAUUCGGAUAGUGCUGGGCUUUAUGCUGCUUGCGCUAAUAUGGAAGUUUGACUUUCCACCCUUCAUGGUCCUUAUCAUUGCCAUUCUCAAUGAUGGUACCAUAAUGACCAUUUCGAAGGAUAGGGUCAAACCAUCCCCCCUCCCUGACAGCUGGAAGCUGGCUGAGAUUUUCACAACAGGAAUCGUACUUGGUAGUUACCUGGCAAUGAUGACGGUCAUUUUCUUCUGGGCUGCAUAUGACACUGACUUCUUCCAUAGAGUAUUUAAAGUUGAAAACCUCGAGAAAACAGCACAGGACGACUUCAAAAAGCUUGCUUCUGCUGUCUACCUCCAAGUCAGCAUUAUCAGUCAAGCACUCAUCUUUGUGACAAGAUCUCGUAGUUGGUCCUUUGUCGAAAGGCCUGGCUUGUUGCUUGUGACGGCUUUCCUUGUUGCACAGCUGAUUGCCACACUCAUUGCUGUAUAUGCUGACUGGGGUUUUGCUUCAAUUAAAGGGAUAGGAUGGGGUUGGGCUGGUGUUAUUUGGCUUUACAACCUCAUCUUCUACUUCCCGCUUGAUAUCAUCAAAUUCUUUAUCCGAUAUGCUCUUAGUGGAAAGGCAUGGGAUCUGGUCAUCGAGCAAAGGACUGCUUUCACAAGAAAGAAAGACUUCGGAAGGGAAGAAAGGGAACUCAAGUGGGCUCAUGCUCAGAGAACCUUGCAUGGACUGCAGCCCCCUGACACCAAGAUGUUCAGCGAGAGAUCCACUGUGACUGAACUUAAUCAGAUAGCGGAAGAGGCCAGAAGGCGUGCUGAGAUUGCAAGGUUUAGGGAAUUAACCACAUUGAAAGGGCAUGUGGAGUCUGUGGUGAGGCUGAAGGGGUUGGACCUUGCCACCAUUCCACAAUCCUACACUGUCUAAUUAAAGCUAUCAAUCUCCUGUGCCAUGCCCAUGGACUCUCUCAAGUUCAACAAUGCAUGGGGAUGAAUCGAAUCGGUGUGUAUAUUAGGCACCUUAAGUUGUUCCCCUUAGUGAUUUUGUUUCAGUAGAUGUCCGUGAGCUUUCUUUUAGUCCACAGUACCUCGUCAAACUUAUAUUAUGUAACCGAAUGUCAGAGAGAGUUCAGUAAAAACUAUGACGAUACCAUGUGGAAAGUGGAUGAAAAAAAUCAGUCUUGCUUUUUCA